AAAUAAUGGGAAUUAUAUGGAUUUUGCUCAUUCUACGAGUGCAUUUCUCGCGCGGGUGAACUGCAGUUUACUGAGGAAGAAAUCUCAAUUCCUGCAAUCGACUUUCGAGGAAUAAAUUAGAAAUGAAGUUCGUCAUGGAGUUUGCUGAGAAUUUGGUAUUAAGACUCAUGGAGGAUCCAAAAGAGAGGGAUCGCAAAUUCCGAGAGCAUUUGUACGCUGUCAAGGAUCGGUGCCAAAAGACGAAGGAGAUGUGGAGCUAUCCUCUUCGUCCUUACGGAUUUUGGACGUUUGAGCGCCAUAAUUCUCAGCUGAAGUGGGACGCACAAAUUAGCCAGGCUCCUGGUAGGAGGGAUCCUUAUGAUGAUAUGCUUCAGGACAUCAACAAUAACUCCAAGUGAUAUGGUUAAGAAUAUUUGCAAGAGCUCUGAAUUGGGUGGUGGAAACUGGGAAGCUCUCAAGCAAUUGUUUGAACGUUUGUUUAUUGCUGUUUAAUUUCUUAUGGUGUUGGGGAGCACUUUGUGGUUUGUAUUGUCAAAAAGAGAUUUUGCUGCUGGAAUAAACGUGCUUUCUAGCUCGUAAGAUGUAUUUCAAGUUGGUGAAUGUGAGCACAUUGUUUUUCAGAUGAACCGAUCUCAUCAAUUUCGCAUUAAUUUUUAUGCAUAUAUGACCUGAAAUUUCUUCUUGUAGUUUAUAUUAAUAAGUGUUGUCAUGGAUGUUAAA